AACUCAUCACACCAACUUAUGAACCCGAUGCUUGGAUCUCAGGCACCUAUCGGUAAUCAGUCCUAAUAAAGACUUAGGAUUAUCCUAAUACCAAGAACAAAUGAAUUCUAUAUCAUUCAUUCUGAAGCCAAGAUGGCAGAUCAGUAUACUGCCGACGUAUUCGCCUUCCCGGAUUUCGACCGGUCUUCAAAACUGUUGACUCUAUCACCGGGGUUGAAUACUGAAUUCUUUCACUUAGAUUUCGAAAAAUCUGAUAAGCCGAGCCAAGGUCACAUCGGUGUCAAGCCCGCCAAAGCAGUCACCGAUGGAUUUUUCAAGCUACCAGAUUCCCUAGCUCCACCUGAGGACCCAGUUCACGAAGAAGUUCCUUCUCCUAAACCGCUUCAUGAUGUGAAUUUGCAUGACCUCGAUGUGUUUGACGAAUCAUGGCUUCAAGGUGACAAGCCAGAAGUGGCCGAUGCCGAGUACAAAACAUGGGAUGUUUUCCUAGCACCGGAUAUUUCUCAGACAACACCCUUAUUUCUCACUGAAGCUGGGCCAGGUGCAUACGAUGCCGCGUUAAAGCAGGCUGAGAAUCCUCUCAAAUUUGCAAAUGCGGAGGAUAACCUCAUUCAAACCACCCCAUACCUAACGGCGCUUUUGGCACUUGCAUUCGGUAGAGGCUCAGUCUUCUUCUCCUGGGAUGAAAAGAAGAGUAGCUUUGCCCCUGAAUUAGACCAAAUGAGAAUAUCCGGUCAUUCUUCAGAAGUUCUACGAGGUAUUCAACAACUCUGCCUAGAAUGUGGAAAUACCACUCGUUUUCUCUCCGCCUAUGUACAAAACACAUAUAAGACACAUCCAGGCGCAGCUAGGGUCGCUGUCGCAAAAUCUGUGGAUAUGACUCUUCUAGUCAUUCAGAAUAUCCUCGGAGUCAGGGCAAGGCAGACACAAUCUCUUCUACAACUUCAGUCUCUCAUCAGACCUAUCCAAUCAGUCCUUGCAUACUUCAGAGCCCUUAUAGUCAAAGUUUCAGAGGCCAAAACUGAUGAACAAACAUUAUCCCUUAUUUUCAAGGAAGCUCGAGACCUAGAGCAUAGCAAUGUGCUUCUUAGUGAAAUCAUGCGCGAGGUAUUAUCACGUGUCUCGGGACCAUGGGCUCAGUUCGCAGAGAAGUGGAUAGGAGUCAAAUCUGAAGAAAGCACUCCAUUAACUAAAGAGAACCCCGGCAAUAGGUUUGUCAAGGUUGAAAACAUUACCAUUGUGGAUGAUUUUGGGUUUGAAACUGAUGAGCGCGAUUUCUUUCUCGACGACGCCCGUAUGCCAGAGUUUAUCCCCAGCGAAGUGGCUCCAGUCAUGUUCGAGACGGGUAAAACUCUGCGACUUCUUCGUACUCAUCAUCCAGAACACCCACUAUGCCAGGUGGAGUUCACCACGCAAAACAAUCCGCCCUCUCUCCGGUGGCAUUUCGAUUGGAAGUCUAUCAGACACUUACAGGAGGACGUUAAAAACUACGAGAUGCGCAUGUUUGCAAGUUUACAACAUUGGUCUACAGAUGCGAGUACAGCAUCCCGAUUGGCAAGCAUGACAGGAAAUACAUCGGACGGACGUUAUACCUUGGAAUUCUUCGGGCAAGAAGAAGCCCAGCUUGAGAGACGAUUGCUUGCAUCUAUUGCGGCUCUCGACAAGCCACUAACUAGCACUUCAGAGGAAGACAACCUGUCAAAGUUGCUAAAUUCUAAACUAUUCGAUGAGGAAUCUGUGGCCAAAGAGACGAUCUCCGAUUUCUCGCCACAUUGGUCACUAAUACCGUUUCACUCUUUCGGGCCUCUAGUUGCAGCUCAGGCGCGCAUUAUCAACCGGGAAUACAUGAGAUUGCUCUUCAGUGCGCAUCAGUUGCGGGAUCAUUUAUCCUUGCAGAAACAAUUCCACUUACUUGGCAAUGGCGUGUUUUGUAGUCGCCUUUCCCACGCGCUGUUCGACCCCAACCUAGAUACGGCCGAAAGAAAGUCGGGCGUUGCUCUAACUGGUGGUGUAAUGGGACUUCGACUGACUGGAAGGGAUACUUGGCCCCCGGCAAGUUCUGAACUCCGACUUGCUUUGAUGGGCGUACUCGCAGAAAGUUAUAUAUCCCCGUCAUCUAAGACAAUUUCAACGACGGACAAAAAUCACGAUAUACCCGGCGAUAUUAGCUUUGCCGUACGAGAUCUUUCAAAUGAGGAAAUCGAUAAAUGCUUGGACCCUGGCUCGUUAGAAGCUCUAGACUUUCUCCGGCUUUCCUACAAACCUCCGGCGCCACUCUCGCCAAUUUUCCCUCCAAUAAUUCUAUUAAAAUAUGAUAAGGUAUUCAAACUCCUGCUUCGGGUGCUACGAAUGCUCUAUGUUACGGAACAACUCUUCCAAAAUACCCUUGCAAGAACAUCGAAUUGGCAUGACAUCGAUAAUACUUCGUUACGAUUCCGUUUUGAGGCUCAACAUUUCGUCACCAGUAUAACUGCGUAUUUCUUCGAUACGGGCAUCGAAAUACCAUGGAGGCGUUUCGUGAUCUGGCUUGACGGUGUGGAGGACGUGCUUACGAAAUCGGAGCCCGACCAGGGGGUACAAGUGCUGAGCCCAGAUGAGGUGCGCGAAGAACAUGAACGAAUGCUAGAUCAUAUCAUGCACACGUUAUUACUAAGAAAACGGCAGCAGCCGGUCAUGAGAUUGCUCGAGGAUAUAUUUUCAGUAAUUCUCAAGUUCUCCAAAGUGGCUCACAUUGAAGCUUCAGGUAGCAGAGACAAAGAAGCCCAAGAUUCGUCACCUAAACAGUUAUAUGCAUCCUUCAAGAAGAAGGUAGACGUUUUCAUGACUGUAUGUCACGGUCUUAUUGAAAAAGGGGGAAAGUCGACGAGAAACGAGGCGAUGACUGAUAGCGGAAAACGCGGCGAAGAAAUAAAGGAGAACACGAUCGAUAAGCUUUUACUUAAGCUGGAGAUGUCUGGUUACUACGGACAUACGAGGCCUUGAUGAACGAUUAAAUAGAAACAUUGAAGAUACCCGAAUAAAUAAUGUUCAUAUUAUGAGG